ACUGGUGGGCCUUCUUUCUUUCUUUCUUUUUUUAAACCUCCAGCUACUACUUCUUCUUUCUUUCUUUUUUUUUAUCACUUAAUUGUCUCUCUCUUUGAUGCUUCUCAAAGGAUCAGGCAGCCGGACAGAAAAUCUUGUGACAGAUUUAGAGAGAAGAAGGAGGAGAAAAAAAAGUCCAGAGGGAGGCAGACGGCUUUGCCCCGGAGGUUCACGAGGAAGAAACAGGAGACAGAUAAAGAGGCAGGCAUAGUCGGAGAGAGGGAGGGGAAGAGCACAGCUGUUGUGCGAAGAGAAAAUACAGAUAAAGAAGGCAAGUGUGAAGGGCGACGGAGAAGAGACUGACGGAGACAACCAAGGCUGGAGAGAAAAAGGGGGGGAGAGACGAGACGACAAAAAAAAAGACUGAAUGAAAGGAAAUCUUAUUUUCCGGUUGAAGGUCAAGAACGACAUCCAGAGAUAAAGGGCAAACGGACACCUGACGUCACCAGCGACCGCAGUGAGCAUGGAGACGCAGCCCGGGGGAAGACCUCCUCUGAAGUGAGAGAGGAAGGAGCCGCGUCUGACGCCGAAGCCGAGGAGACGGUUUCCUCAUCAUCGGUUUCCUCAUCAUGUUUUAUUCAGCCGCUUCCCCAACUUCAAACAGCCUGCGCCGGGAGAGCAACUUCGUCCCGGGACCGAAUGAAGAGAGGAGCGAAGAGAUACCUGCCGAGGCUGUGAUACCCUCCUACCCCUCCUGUUCCUCCUCUCCUCUCCUCCCUCACUUCCUUUGACCUCACUAACUUCCUCCUCCUCUGCCCUGAUAUCUCCUCUCCUCUCCAUCUCCUCACUAUGUGGAUACCAGCUUUGCUCCUAUGGAUGCUUAAUACCAGCCAUUUGUGCUCAGGACAAGACUAUUCGGACUAUUACCAGCCCGGAGACAUGGGCACCGAGGCUCCGGAGCUGGCGGACGACCAGCCCAGUUUGGAGUCGGUGACCUCGGUGGAUCAGCUGCUGCAGCUCCUCUACCCCGAAUACAGUUUGCUUCAGCAUUGCCUGAGGAAGAAGUCCUGGCACGCCUCCUCCGCCCCGUCGUUUUCCUCGGCGAGCCCCUCGGUCCACGAGGACCUGUGGGGUCAGCCGAGGGAGGAGGCUCUUUUCAAAGUGGACGGGCCCCUGGGAGUCAUCCUGGAGGAGAUCCAGCGGACCUCGUGCCAGCCCAGAGAGGUGUGCCUGGAGGCGGCCAAAGAAUACCCAGAAUCCACCAGUCAGUUCUUCCUCCCUCGCUGCGUGGCGCUGCAUCGGUGCGGCGGCUGCUGCAACAACGAGGCUUUCUACUGCACCAACACGAGCCACGCGCUGGUCAACAAGACGCUGAUGGAACUUUCCCCGCCCAGGAUGGAUCGCGUCAUCGUCAUGGUAACCUUCGUCAACCACACCUCGUGCCAAUGCCUCUCCAAGCGGCCGCUGCACUCCAUCAUACGACGAGCCGCGACAGAUCACCUGUGUUCGCCGCCCGACCUUCCCUGUGCUUCUGGGUCAUUAUGGGAUCCGGUGAACUGCGUGUGCGUCUCCACAGACGACAUAAACUACUCCGAGAGAGAGACGGAUGCGCUGGACUCGGGUCUGCUGGCUCUCUGCGGGCCCAACAGGGUUCUGCACGAGUCCACCUGCGAGUGCGUUUGCCGGAAUGGACUCACCGAGGACAGCUGCGACCCGGGAUGGAAACUGGACCACACCACCUGUGAAUGCCAGUGCGAAGGUCAGGGCGAGGGGAAGUGGUGCCCCACGGGCCAGCGGUGGGACGACGAGCUGUGCGGCUGCGUCUGCGCCGCCGAGUGUCCCGGGAAUCAGCCCCUCAACCCCGACACCUGCCUGUGUCAGUGCCGAGAGAGCCAGCAGUCGUGUCUGCGGCAGGGCAAGAGGUUCAACCCCAAGUCCUGCAGCUGUUACAGGUUGCCGUGCAGAAAGCCCCGACGCGUGUGCCAGACUGGUUUUUACUACAGCCACCAGGUCUGCCAGUGCAUCCCCAACUACAUGAGGCCUGAGUGGAAUUGACCAAUCACAGAGGAGCAGGGACUGCAGGUGAAGCCGUUUAUCGCCCCCCUCAUCACGAAGCCCAAAAAGCUUUUGCCCUUAACAGAAAGUGGACAUCAAAGAGCAAGUGCCUCUCGAGGGGAAGGUGGAACUAUACAUGUCCUGGAUUAAAACCGCAGCACUUAGAGGAGUUGUGUUAAAGCCGUCCGCUCCGACACCCAAAGGACGACACGAGGGCGACGACACGAGGGCGACGACACGAACGAGAAACCGCCGCUCGUAAAAAGUGGAGUAAUCUCGGCCAAAGACAAAAAGAGGAGAUGCACCAAUCACACUUAGCUAGAAGCAGCACGGCGAGGAUGGAGCAAUCGGCCGCUGAGUCAGCGCUCAUCCCCGCUGCGACGUGUUGGAGCAAGACAUUCAACCACGGCAUGCUGCAGACACGCCGCUCACGACCGUGUGAAAUGGAAAGUCGAAUAAAAAUAAUAACACAGCAGACUCCAUGGUUGUCGUGUGUGUGCGUGUGUAUGUGUGUGUGUGUGUGUGUUUUAUAGAUUAAAUAAGCUUCAGGCACUUUGGCAGUCUUGAGUUGUUUGAGAGGUUGAAGGAUGAAUUUUGCAUAAAUCCUGUAAUGUUUUGUUGCCAGGGGUCUAAACUUCAGCCGUCUAAAAGAGAAGGUGUUUAAAUGAGAGUUUAAUUAAACAAACAGCUUUUAUAUCCUCCAGUGUCUCCGUGCUCUUUGACCAUCUCACUCAUACGUGGCUGACUCCAAUCACAACUGACGGCAACACUUCUAAUUUAACUUUCACACUCAGUUAAUAUUAUUUGUAAAUAUUGUAAUCUUUUUCGUAUUUAAAAGUGAUGAAAGGUGGAGUUGUAAAAUACUGUAUGUACUGUAUUGUUUUGCAAUGAAACUAUUGACAUGUCUUUGUACCCCCUGCGGUUGUAAUUAUUAUUGUGAAUCUGAAUUGUUUUGGAUGGUUCGUUCGCUGCACUGCAAGAUACAUUUUAGCCUCUGCCAUGCAAAAAAAAAGUUGGGUUUGAAGAUUUAUUGCAGUGUAGAGAUUAUUGUCGUGUUUGUUGGAUGUGGAGCAUUGUUUUCAGGCUGUUAAAUAUUUAAAAUAGUUAUGAAGUAUUGAUUAACGUCAGACUGAUAAGUUUGUAUUCUUUUUUAUGUUAAAUGUUGUCUUUUUUAGGGUUCUCUGGCAGCGACAACCUGUGAGAAAUAUAAAAAGCAUCUACUGUAUGUUAUAUAUAUAUCUAUAUAUAUAUAUGUAUACAGGACUGUCUCAGAAAAUUAGAAUAUUGUGAUAAAGUUCUUUAUUUUCUGUAAUGCAAUUAAAAAAACAAAAAUGUCAUGCAUUCUGGAUUCAUUACAAAUCAACUGAAAUAUUGCAAGCCUUUUAUUCUUUUAAUAUUGCUGAUUAUGGCUUACAGCUUAAGAAAACUCUAAAAUCCUAUCUCAUAAAAUUUUAAUAUUUCCUCAGACCAAGUAAAAAAAAACAUUUAUAACAGCUGAGUGUUUGUCAAGGCUCAGGAAACCCUUGCAGGUGUUUCGAGUUAAUUAGACAAUUCAAGUGAUUUCUUUAAUACCCUACUAGUAUACUUUUUCAUGAUAUUCUAAUAUUUAGAGAUAGGAUAUUUGAGUUUUCUUAAGCUGUAAGCCAUAAUCAGCAAUAUUAAAAGAAUGAAAGGCUUGCAAUAUUUCAGUUGAUUUGUAAUGAAUCCAGAAUGCAUGACAUUUUUGUUUUUUGAAUUGCAUUACAGAAAAUAAAGAACUUCAUCACAAUAUUCUAAUUUUCUGAGACAGUCCUGUAUAUUUAUAUAUAUAUGUAUAUAUUUAUUUGAAAUAGUCUUAUUUUAUGUUGUCCUUUAAAGCAACACUAUGUAACUUUUGCUUAAAACCGGCAAAUGUGGCUACAACCAACGAUUAUGAGACGAUGUUGACGUGCUGAACAUGUUUCGAGAAAUAUUGUUUAGCGAAAGUGAAUUAUGAUGAAAAUGAAUUUAUAGGACAACAACCAGCCAACAUGUGUUUGUCAUCGCAAACCCCCUGAAUGUAUUGAACUGAGCAAUUGUUUAUUUUAUUGCCCAUGAAUUAAACUUUUCAUUUGUAAGAGGAA